AUGGAGCCUCCUCCAGGCAUCUCUCUCUCACAGAAGGUCAAGUGGGCGUGCAAAGAACCUGCGCUAGUUGUCUGGAACGACGCUGACCGCUCGGAUAUCUCUUCGCUUGGGCUACCAUGUCCUACUGGAAAGCCUACUUUGUUGACCCUAUGGGUCGGCCAGGAUGCCAAGAGGUCAACGUAUGUCAUGUUACAUCUACGCAUUAGUGUCCGAAUCUCCAAACGUCGCAAAACCCUUGACCACUACCUGCUGCCCACCAUAGGCUUCGGUGCGACCGAGGGCUGUUCGAUCGUCAACUUGGAGGAUGCUUCAGACAACGUUAGGCAGUGCUUGGAAGAAGUGUAUGGAAACUCAUCUACGAAAAAAUGUCUUUGUGUUCCCUUUCAUCAACCCAAACGAGGUCAUGUCUUGAUGCCAUAUAUCCCCGAAGGUGCUCCCUGUCUAGGCGGCACCGCUUUGCACCUAUUGACCCUGUUCCGCUCGCUGUCGUACGCGAAGAGCUUCAAGAUAUUCGUUGGUCAUAGCAGUUACGCUCAACAUGCAUUGAUGAACUUGGAGAUCGGUGUCUCUGCAGGCGGACCAGAAGUCAAUGUGCCUGACUCAUACAACAAUGGUGGUGUUUUGGACGACUGGCGACAGAUUGGGGUUGACUGUGCGGAUUCUCAAAGGGAUGAAGUAGCCUCGGGUCAAGAAGAUCAACAAGACAGGCAUACAAACGUCAAGGCUGUCGAUCGUACAACAUCUCCUGAGGUCGGUGCACAGCCAACAUGCUCGCCGCCGCCGUAUUCGCCACCUGUGCAGAUCAUCCAACUACCUGUAACACCACAGGCAAAAGCCUGUUUGAAACGAUCUCGUGUAUCGACUACCCCUGAAGCAAAUCAGCCAUCUCCCAAGUCUGCAAGAAGGGACAAUUCAUCCUCGCCCUCACUCAGCAAUGUUUUGCACGUGUCUGAAAGUAUAGUGAGAUCCUUCUCCUUGGAGUCAACCGUAUACUCGCCUACUAUCAUCAACACUCCAAGCACUGUAGACGACAACCCUGGCAUCAAACCCACAAUUUUUACGACUAGACAACAACACCCCGAAUAUGCCGCCAGUAUAGACGAUGGGAUCACUGGAACAACUCAGGAGAAAGUGAGGAAAAUUGCAAGCAGCUUCACAUCAGCCCCCGAGGUGCUAGACGCCAUCUCACCAAGAUCCAUCAUGCGCGCCUUGAGUUACGAACUUCGCGCACUUGUCACUGCUCAGGUUCCGUUGCUCACCGAACAGACUCUGCAACGUAUCAUGGAGGAACUCUGCUCAUCAUUGGAGUACACCCAGAAACUCGCCGAAGUCGCGCUGCAAGAGACCUCCGACGAUCUCAAAACUGAACUACGACUUGAGAAAGACAAUGGCAUUGAAGAUAUAGAUGAUCAUGCUCAAGAUGUCCUUUGUGAUGUUAAGGAACAAAUGGAAGAUCUAGCAAGUGGCCAUCUAAUUGCUUUUGAAGAUCUGCUGCAAAGGACUAGCGAACAGUUGACACAGACUCUCAAGGUUUUCUUGAGUAUCGUUGCCAAAGCUGUCGCAAUGGCAAAAGAGCAUGAAAAUAAAGCAGACCUGACAGAUUCUCAAGCUCAACACACUGCUGUCCCACCUGCACUGCGAAUACCCAAUGAAAGCGCACCAUCACCUGGCAUCAUUGCGACAUCAUCAGCAUCAACAGCCGCGAAGCUCUUCCUCGACGACUUCAGGGAUUUAGGCACAGCAGACAAGAUCAAGGUGCUUGAAAGGCUCACACACCAGCAAACAGCAGAAGUUUUCUUGACGGUGAAUACAGAGCUUCGCGAAGUCUGGGUUGCUAGCUGGAUUGCUUAG